CUGUCUUGUGACGUUCAGCCAGUUGGUCGUUUCGUAGGCGGGCACCAACACACGCGAAUUUUCUGCCAACGGUAUUCAGGCGUGCCAUUGCCUGCCAUGUGAAGUGAACUGAAUGAAUAGCAAAAUCUUUAGAUAUAUUUAAAGUUUAUUAAAAGAAAAAAAAAGAAAAGAAAAAAACAAAGUGAAGUCUAAGUCAACGAUAACGUCAGUCGCAUCCGCAUCCGUAUCUUCUCGCAGCCAGUGAAAGGCGCAUGACAGCGGAACGGAAUCGGAAUCGGAUUCGGAAGUUGGUGCCCAAAACUAUGCAGCAUUAGAGACUAGAGAAAGAGCAAACAGAGAUUGCGAAAUCUACGUAAAUUGGAGAUUUAGAAAUAUACACGUUCAAAUACAUACAUCUAUUGGAGCUGAGCAUUCUGAUUCAACAAAAUGCGUUCAAUUCUGCUUAUCCUGUGUCUAACGCUUUCACACGUCUACCCGGUCCUGUGUAACAUAGAACUAAACGGACAGACUAUAAAAGAUGCUCUUGGUGAAUACAUGCUGAUGGAUAUCAUGAACAAUAAUCAUUACACGGGCAUUGAGUUCACGGAGGCAGAGGAUGGCUUUCCAGCCUUUAGAUUUCUUUCCACGGCAGAUGUAAAAUCACCAUACCAAGUGUUGUUACCCGAGAAGCUAUCCGAAUUUGCCAUAUUAAUCACAUAUCGGCAGAGUUCUCUCAAGGGCGGCUACUUGUUUAGCGUCGUAAGCGCAUUGGACCGGGUGGUGCAACUGGGUGUCCAUUUAUCGCCGGUGGUCAAGAAUAGCUACAACGUAACGCUCGUUUAUGCGCAGCCCGAUGAAUUAGCGGGCCGUAGACUGGCCAGCUUUCCGGUUACCCACGUGCCGGACAAAUGGAAUACAAUUGCGUUUCAGGUAUUCAGCGAUAAGGUGGUUUACUACUACGAUUGUAAGCCAGUCAACACGACGAUAAUUGUAAGAGAUCCCCUUGAAUUGGUCUUCGCCUCAGCGGCAACACUUUACAUUGGCCAGGCUGGAUCCAUAGUUCGUGGUAACUUUGAGGGAUUUCUAGAAAAAAUCUAUGUUUAUGGCAAUCCAGAUGCCAUAAGCAUCCAAUGCAUGGCGCCCCCAAAACCAACGGCGGCAGUGCAAAUGGAAAUGGACAAUGAAAUUGAUUCCGAUUGGGACUCGAAUAAUAUAACUGAAACAGAAUUAGACUCGAGUCCCCCGCCUGAUGAGCCAGCUGUUGAUGAGGAUGAUAUUACCAAUGAGAGUUUUUGGAACUUAGCCAAUGGCGAGGCAACUGACAAUUACGAUGGCAGUGAGAUGCAGCCCCCUGGACAGACACAGUAUAUGCACGAGAGACCAUAUCGUGGCAUCAAGGGAGAGAGGGGUGAACGAGGGCCAAAGGGCGAUAGUAUACGCGGUCCACCAGGACCUCCAGGUCCGCCUGGUCCCAAAGGUGACUCGCCUGCGUAUCCACCCUUUGUGGAGGCACCAAGUCCGGGGGCUAAAUACACUGGCGAAUGUACAUGUAAUGCGUCUGAUAUCCUGGAGGCCAUCAAGGACAAUGAAACGCUACGUGAAACGCUGCGCGGUCCGCCCGGUUCACAGGGCAGGGAUGGAAAGACAGGUGCCCCUGGACUUACCGGUGCCACUGGCGUAACUGGCGCUCGUGGCCCGGAAGGCAUCCAGGGGGAGAAGGGCGAGCCAGGCGUCGACGGUAUGCCCGGCGUCAUGGGUCCAACAGGACCUCCGGGCCCGCCUGGCUUGCCGGAGAGUUACGAUGAAUCCUUAAUGGGCAACUCUAUGGGCAGUCUGCGUAGUUCCACGGCCACACAGGCAGGACCUAAAGGAGCGUCCGGCGAUAAAGGUGAACCCGGACGUCCAGGAGAUCGCGGUGAAAAGGGUCACAAAGGUGCUCACGGACCCGCCGGACCCAAGGGUGAGCCCGGUGCCCCAGGCCUACCCGGACUGGCAGGACAACCCGGCGAUGGCAACGGCACCAAAGGCGAACGCGGCGAGAAAGGAGAGAAGGGAAUGCGUGGCAGAAGAGGAGGCAGUGGCGCAGCUGGACCAAUUGGACCACCUGGCAAACCUGGACCCACUGGUGAUAUUGGACACUCGGGACGUCCUGGAGCGACUGGACCCAAGGGUGACAUGGGCAUGAAAGGUGUCAAAGGCGAUGCCGGUGGACGUGAAGGAGCAAAGGGUGAGAAGGGAGACAGGGGCAGUGAUGGACGCGAUGGUUUGCCAGGACCACCUGGUUUACCUGCGUCAAGUGGUGGCGGUGAUGGUGAUGGCAGUGGAGUGCAGUAUAUACCAAUGCCAGGUCCACCCGGACCGCCUGGACCACCAGGUAUGCCAGGAUUAUCGAUCACUGGACCAAAAGGCGAAGCCGGCAUGGAUUCACGUGGUAGCUUCUUUGGAGAUGCCUCCUACUACGGUCGACCAGAGCCACCUCGUCAGACGGCCCACUCGCAUAAGCAAGAGGAGUACCCUGCCAUUGCCAUGGGAAUGGGAAUGGGCAUGGGAGAAGGCGAGGAGUUGCCAUACUAUUCCGCAUCAUCAUCGAAUAUGAGAAUCGUGCCAGGUGCAGUCACCUUCCAAAACAUUGAAGAAAUGACAAAGAAAUCGGCUUUCAGCCCACCGGGAACCCUGGCGUACAUAACCGAGGAGGAGGCGAUGCUUGUGCGCGUCAACAAGGGCUGGCAAUACAUAGCGCUGGGCACACUGGUGCCAAUUGCAACGCCAGCACCGCCCACCACAGUGGCACCAUCAUUGCGAUUUGACUUGCAAUCGAAAAACCUGCUAAAUAGUCCACCUCCAUUGCUCAACACACCAACGUUUACAACCGCGCCCGAAUACGAAACGUGGUAUCCGCGCAUGCUUCGCGUGGCGGCCCUCAAUGAGCCCUAUGUUGGGGAUUUACAGGGCAUUCGGGGCGCGGACUUUGCCUGUUAUCGUCAAGGCCGUCGUGCCGGUCUGUUGGGCACCUUCAAGGCGUUCCUUUCGUCCAGGGUGCAGAAUCUGGACUCCAUAGUGCGACCUGCCGACCGGGAUCUGCCUGUGGUGAAUACCCGCGGCGAUGUGCUCUUUAACUCCUGGAAGGGCAUCUUUAACGGACAGGGCGGAUUCUUCUCGCAGGCGCCGCGAAUUUACAGUUUUAGCGGAAAGAAUGUCCUUACGGAUCCACUAUGGCCGCUCAGACUGGUCUGGCAUGGUUCUCUGCCGAAUGGAGAGCGCUCCAUGGACACCUACUGCGAUGCCUGGCACUCGAGUUCCCAUGAGAAGUUCGGCUAUGCCAGCAACCUAUUGGGCAACAAGCUGCUCGAUCAGGAGCGUCAACCGUGCGAUGGCAAAUUGAUUGUGCUCUGUGUGGAGGCGCUGUCACAGGAUCGGCGGAAAAAGCGUGACCUCAGCAGUCACAGUCACAGUUCUGGUCACAGCGAACUGGAGUUCAGCACGGCCGAGGAGUACGGCGAAUAUUUAGACAAUUUACUGCUGUAAGACGCGCACCUCGAGAGCACCCAGCAACCCUGAAGAACGAGUGGCGGGAGCAGGAACGGGAACGGGAACGGUAACUGGAACUGUAGCGAGAAUGUUCGCAAUAUAUAAAUAGCAAGACCAUUGUCAUUACAAAUACCAUUACAACACAGUCACAGCCACAGCCAUACACUCACUCACAAAAGUAUACACUUACACUCACACAACAUUACAUUAAAUGUAAACGUAAAUCAUGGCCAUGCAUAUAAUCAGCGAAUUCCAAACUAAAACCAAAAAAUACUCAAGUAAGCGACGAAUGGACGGAUAAACAAUUGCAUAGUAAAAUACGAGUACAUAUAAACGAGUACUAGUACUCAUAAAUAAUUAUUGAUAAAUAGGUUGAUAAUAUAUAAUAUAUAUAUAUAUAUAUAAUUUGUAUAAUCUAUAAUCUGUAAUUUGUAAUAUUCUUUUGUUCAGACAGGCAACAAAAAAGAACUUUUGUAUUCGUAGUUGUAGCCACUAAACUAAGCUAAUUUUGUAAUUUAGUCACAGCGAAGGCAAAGGCCGUUUAGGUUAGUCUCGAUAAGAACUUGAAGAAAACUAUCAAUAUUGAGGCCAAGCGAACCAACCAACCAACCAACCAACCAAUUAAUUCUUCUUCUGACAGCAUACUUACUGGCCAAAUUAGACUCCUAUCUCCAUUGUAUGUAGAUGCAGCCGAGGAUCGAAGCGAAGAUACAUUAUCACAUACGCUGUAUACGUGUAUAAAUGUGUUUUGUCAAAGACUUCUAAAUGUGUAAAUGUUUAAGCUACUCGUAAACAGCAACAAUAACAAUAAUAAAGAGAAAACAAAAAACAUUUUAAGCCACCCACUCCUUCAAACCGUUUUUAACUAUCGCAUGCAACAUUCAACAUCUGACUCUAAUGAUAAUUUUGUUUUAUGCCAAUUUUCUAUUACCUUAAACUAUGUAAUAAAAAUGUAUCUAUUAUUAUGUAGUCAGAUUUUCUACAUUGAAAUACUCGUUGUUAGAAGUGUAAAACCUUUUUUAUAUGAACGCAACUUAAUUAUAUUUGGCAGUAAAAUGCAAUAACAAAUACAUAUGCACACACACAUACACACGUAUGCAUAUGUUUGUAAUGUAACUUAUUGUAAUUCUAGUACGAAUACUUAAUGGUUAACUCAAUUACGAGUACUUCAACGAGUGCUUGCAACAUUCUAGUUAGUUAUACAUACAUAUGCACAUACAUAUUCACAUUGUAUGUCCGAGUAUGUAUUUUCUUUUGCAUUUAAUUAAUGCAUUUCCACAUACAAUUUUGUAAUGUAAUUAAUUGUAAUUGUAAUACCGACUAAGCGUAUAAUUUUAUUUAAAAAAAAAAAACUUACACAAAUUGGGUCGCAGUUAGUCCCAAGAAGCUACAUACACAUAGUCUAUAAGUAUAUUAAAUACAUACAUACAUUUGAAUGAUGCAAA